GGCGCGCGCCUAACGGCUUCGCGGGGCUCACGCGGUCUGAGAGGUCCGAGCGCUGAGAUGCAGGCGCGCGCCUAACGGCUUCGCGGGGCUCACUCGGUCUGAGAGGUCGGAGGCUGCGAGUGUCGCUGCUGAAGGCUGUGGUGGACCGGGCUGGAUCGCGGAUUCUGAGCUACAUCGCGGGUUUGGGGACGGAUCUUGGAUUUGGGGGUGGAUCGCGGGUUUGCGGGUGGAUCUUGGAUUUGCGGGUGGAUCGCAGGUUGGUGGGGGGAUCGCGGAUUUGGGACUGGGUGGGGGUGGAAAGGCCACGAGGGGCCGCGGCGGCUCAGGAGCGGGUUGUGGGCGUCUGAGAAGUCGCCACCAUGAGGAAGCUCUUCAGCUUCGGGAGACGCCUGGGCCAGGCGCUCCUGAGCUCCAGGGACAAAGAGUACGCGGGUCCCGGGUACCACACCCGGGACUGGGAACUGCGGAAGAUCCACAGGGCGGCCAUCAAGGGCGACGCCGCGGAGGUGGAGCGCUGCCUGAGGCGGUUUCGGGACGUGGACGCCCGCGACAGAAAGGACAGGACUGUUCUACAUUUGGCCUGUGCCCAUGGCCGUGUGGAAGUGGUCACUCUCUUGCUGAGCAGAAGUUGCCAGAUCGACAUCUGUGACAGACUAAACAGGACACCGUUAAUGAAGGCUGUACAUUGCCAGGAAGAGGCUUGUGCAAUUAUUCUCCUGGAACAUGGCGCCAAUCCAAACAUUAAGGAUAUCUACGGCAACACUGCUCUCCAUUAUGCUAUGUAUAACAAGGGGACUUCGCUGGCAGAAAAACUGCUUUCCCACCGUGCAAAUAUUGAAGCACUAAAUGAGGAGGGAAACACUCCACUUUUGUUUGCUAUAAAUUCUAGGAGACAGCAAAUGGUGGAAUUUUUAUUGAAGAACCAGGCAAAUAUACAUGCCGUUGACAAUUUCAGAAGAACAGCCCUCAUGCUUGCUGUGCAGCAUAGCUCAUCAAGUAUCGUCAGCCUCCUCCUUCAGCAAAAUAUAAAUAUCUUUUCUCAAGACAUGUUUGGCCAAACUGCUGAGGAUUAUGCUGUUUGUUGUGAUUUGAGAAGCAUUCAACAACAAAUUUUGGAACAUAAAAAUAAGAUACUUAAAAAUCAUCUUCGAAAUGACAAUCAAGAAACAGCAGCUGUGAAGCCUGCAAAUUUGAAAAAAAGGAAAGAAGGUGCAAAAGAACACAACUUAAAAGUGGCUUCAGAGGAAAAGCAAGAAAGGCUUGAAAGAAGUGGAAAUAAACAGCCACAGGAUUCUCAAAGUUAUGGAAGAAAGAAGGAUGUGAUGUAUGGAAAUUACAUGUUGAAGAGAGACAUUGCCAUGCUCAAACAGGAAUUAUACACAAUAAAAAAUGACAGUCUCAGAAAGGAAAAAGAAUAUAUUCAGGAAAUUAAAAGUAUUACAGAAAUGAAUGCUAACUUUGAAAAGAGUGUAAGACUCAAUGACGAAAUGAUAACAAAAACAACGGCCCAGUAUUCGCAACAGCUUAAUGAACUGAAAGCUGAGAAUACAAGGCUGAAUUCAAAAUUGGAAAAGGAAAAACACAGCAAAGAAAGACUAGAAGCUGAAGUUGAAUCCCUCCAUUCUAGCCUGGCCACUGCUAUAAAUGAGUACAAUGAAAUUUUGGAAAGAAAAGACCUGGAACUAGUUUUAUGGAGAGCAGAUGAUGUUUCUGUACAUGAAAAAAUGGAUUCCAAUAUUUCUCAAUUAACAGAUAAGAAUGAGUUGCUUACCAAACAACUUUCUAAAGCUCGGGUGAAGUUCAAUACCUUAAAAGGUAAGCUUCAUGAGACAAGAGAUGCUCUCAGGGAAAAGACACUGGCUUUAGAAAGUGUACAGAUGGACCUAAAGCAAGCGCAGUAUCGAUUAAAGGAAAUGAAGCAGAUGCAUCCAAAUGAGGAAGCUAAAGAAAGUCAGUCCUUUGGAAAGCAGAACUCAUUAGAGGAGAGAAUACAUCAACAAGAACUUGAAAAUCUAUUGCUUGAACAACAACUAAAGGAUGUUUAUAAGGAAGGCAAUAAUAAAGAGAUAGUCAUUAAUAUCCAAGAAGACUGUCUUGAGAAUGGAAAGGAAGAUCUUACAGAAGAAAAAAAUACGGAAUUAAUGAAUGAAUAUAAUUAUUUAAAAGAAAAACUGUUUCAGUAUGAAAAAGAAGAAGCAGAAGGAGAAGUGAUUGUGAGACGACUUCAAGAAGAACUGGCUGAUCACCUUAACAAAUUUUCUAUGUCAGAAUCUCCACUGGAAGGUACAUCACAUUGUCAUAUUAAUUUGGAUGACACACGGGCUUCAAAGAAGAAAUUAUUUCAAGUAGGAAGUCAACCUGAAGAAAAACAUGAAGAAUUCAGAAAACUUUUUGAGUUAAUAUCAUCACUGGACUAUAAUGGGGAUCAAAUAAGAAAGAGAAAUCAUGAAUUAGAAGAAGAGACAACUGGAUAUAAGAAAUGCCUAGAAAUGACAAUAAAUAUGUUAAAUGUAUUUGGAAAUGAAGACUUCAGUUGCCAUGGAGACUUAAAUACAGAUCAACUGAAAAUGGAUAUUCUGUUUAAGAAGCUAAAACAGAAGGUAAUUAAAAAUAAUUUUUUUAUCUUAAGGUCUAGAUUACAUGUGCGAGACGUGCAGGUUUGUUACAUAGGUAAACGUGUGCCAUGGUGGUUUGCUGCACCUAUCAGUCCAUCACCUAUGUAUUAAGCCCCGCAGGUGUGAGCUAUUAAUAUUGAUGCUCUCCCUCCUGACCCAAACAGGCCCAGGUGUUUGUUGUUCCCCACCCCAAGUGCAUGUGUUCUCAUCAUUCAGCUCCUACUUAUAAGUGAGAAGAUGAAGUGUUUGGUUUUUUGUUCCUGAGUUAGUUUGCUGAGGAUAACAGCUUCAAGUUCAUCCAUGUCUUGCAAGGAGCAUGAUCUCAUUUGUAUGGCUCCAUAGUAUUCCAUGACGUAUAUAUACCACAUUUUUUUAAUCCUGUCUAUCAUUGAUGGACAUCU